AGUUUGUUCAGUAGACAUAGAGGUAGAAAAAUUUCUCCUUCAUUAAUUAAUACAGAAGGAACUCUUCAAGAAGACCCACAAUGAAGUACGUCCUAACUUGCAUGGCACUUCUCCUGCCUUACAGCUUUGCUGUCCCAAUAGCUCCUGAUUUUCCAAGAGCAAGUACUGAGCGCCUGAAGUUGGUGGAGGCUUACCUUGACAAGUUUUUUCCAUCGUUUCAUAAAACUUUCUAUAGUAUUGAAGAACAACUGAAAGAAAUGCAAAAGUACUUCCAUUUGAAUGUCACAGGAAAAAUGGAUGACAGAACAAUGGAGGUCAUGCAUCAACCUCGGUGUGGAGUACCAGAUGUCUCGGAAUUCCGGAGAGGUCCAGCAAAAUGGGGGAAAAAUGUACUGACUUACAGGAUUAAUAACUAUACCCCAGAUAUGCACCCCGCUAAAGUACAUGAAGUGAUUGCAAAAGCCUUCAAGGUAUGGAGCGACGUAACACCAUUGCAGUUCCGGUACACAAGACGACCUGCUGAUAUUGAAAUCUCAUUUGCAUAUGGUGACCAUAGAGACGGGAAUCCUUUUGAUGGAAGAGGAGGAACAUUGGCACAUGCUUUCUUUCCUGCACCAAAUCUUGGAGGAGAUGCUCAUUUUGAUGAAAGUGAAUAUUGGUCAGAAUUCGGCAAAGAGGCCAACCUGUUCAUUGUUGCUGUACAUGAAUUUGGCCAUUCCUUGGGAUUAGAACAUUCAAAUGUCCGUGGGGCCGUAAUGUACUCUAUUUAUACCUUCACAAACCCAAAUACUUUCCGUCUUUCAUAUGAUGAUGUGCAAAGGAUCCAAAGAUUAUAUGGAAAGAGAAAAUGAAGAAGAACCUUUGAAGAAUCUGUUUUUGUCACUGAGCAACUAUAACGUGUUUACAUUUUGUUACAUAAACACAUUUACUUUAGAAGGGAGAAAACUUCAUUUUUCAGAAUAAAAUGUAAAAUUCAAGUUA